GAACAAGACAUACUCAUCAUUCAAGAACCAUGCAUCGACUUCCUUAGCAACAUAAGAGCGACCCAGGACUGGAACAUUAUAUAUCCAUCAAACCAACACUCUGAUGGCAACAGAACCCAUGCAGUCACCCUCAUUAAUAAACACCUCAACACCAACAACUGGUGCCAAUUACCAUUCCCAUUCUCUGACAUUAUACUCAUACAGCUAAACGGUCCAUUCAGCAAAAGAACUAUAUUCAAUAUAUAC